AAUGUUCUUACCCUGAUUUGUGAUAAAAAUAUAUGAGCAAUCUUCAUGAGGUAAACAAGGAGACAUAUCCAGACACAAAAAGAGAGGCAAGCCCUGGACCACCGCGAGGGGCCCGCACCAUGACCGAGACCACUAAGACCCACGUUAUCCUGCUGGCCUGCGGCAGCUUCAAUCCCAUCACCAAAGGGCACAUUCAGAUGUUCGAAAGAGCCAGGGAUUAUCUACACAAGACUGGAAGGUUCAUUGUGAUUGGCGGGAUUGUCUCCCCUGUCCACGACUCCUACGGGAAACAGGGCCUCGUGUCGAGUCGGCACCGUCUCAUCAUGUGCCAGCUGGCCGUCCAGAACUCCGACUGGAUCAGGGUGGACCCGUGGGAGUGCUACCAGGACACCUGGCAGACGACCUGCAGUGUGUUGGAACACCACCGGGACCUCAUGAAGAGGGUGACCGGCUGCAUCCUCUCCAAUGUGAACACACCUUCUAUGACGCCUGUCAUCGGACAGCCACAGCAUGAGACGCCCCAGCCCAUUUACCAGAACAGCAAUGUGUCCACCAAGCCCACUGCAGCCAAACUCUUGGGAAAGGUGGGAGAGAGCCUCAGCCGGAUCUGCUGCGCGCGCCCGCCCGCGGAGCGCUUCACCUUCGUGGAUGAGAAUGCCAAUCUGGGUACGGUGAUGCGGUACGAGGAGAUUGAGCUGCGGAUCUUGCUGCUGUGCGGCAGUGACCUGCUGGAGUCCUUCUGCAUCCCAGGGCUCUGGAAUGAGGCAGAUAUGGAGGUGAUUGUUGGGGACUUUGGGAUUGUGGUGGUGCCCCGGGAUGCAGCUGAUACAGACCGAAUAAUGAAUCACUCCUCAAUACUCCGCAAAUACAAAAACAACAUCAUGGUAGUGAAGGAUGACAUCAACCAUCCCAUGUCUGUGGUCAGUUCAACCAAGAGCAGGCUGGCUCUGCAGCAUGGGGAUGGCCAUGUCGUGGAUUACCUAUCCCAGCCAGUCAUCGACUACAUCCUCAAGAGCCAGCUGUACAUCAAUGCCUCUGGCUAGUAGCCGCUCAGCUUUGCUCCACUCUUCCCUUGUCCUCUGCCAACACACUGGCCCCUCCAAUCUGUCCGUUGCCCCAGUCUCUCUCCUGCCUCUCUGUUUCUCCAUCUCCUCGUCUUGACUGUUCUCUCCACUGCUGACUUAACCCCCCACAGUGUGGGGGACCUGCAAAGAAACAUGGAAUUCCCUAUUCUACAGUCAUCUUUGGACAAACUUUCCUCUAGUCUCUGGGUUGGGGGUGGGUGAGGGAAUGGGGUGGGAGCUGGGGGAAGUGCAGUCCUUGGAGAUGUACUGGUAUCCAUUUCCCAGCAUGCUCUAGAGAGGCGGCUCUGGUGCCCAUCCUCCCAGCAUGCUCUGUGGAGGCGGCUCUGGCUCUCGCCUUCCCAGCAUGCCCUUUACCACAAAGGGCUAUUUUUCUUUUUAUUUCUUUAUUCAUUUAUUUUUUCCUUUUUCACUUCUUGUAGAACUUGGAUGAAAUCAGUGUAUGGUUCUUUAUGUUUGUUGUAGACCUAAUGCACUCCUGUGGUAUGACUUCCCUUCCGAUAGGACACUAUAGCCAGCCUCAGCACUCAGGAAGUGCAUGAGGGCCAUGCCCAGCAGGAAAGGGUGAGCCACCUCCUCUUCUCCAACACACACCUACAACCCCCCCACACCCCACUCCCCACCCCUGCACACACACAGCAGCAGCAGCAGCAGCAACAGCAGCAGGAGCAGCAGCAACUCCUUUGGUCAGGAGUCAGCUUUCCAGGUUCCAAAUCUGCAAAUGAAUGCUGGUAUAGUAGGGCUUCUCAGAAUUGGAGUUAAUUCCCUUAGUUUCAGAAGACCAGUAUCGAGAUGCCUUGGAGAUAUAAUCACACAGAGCCAGUCGUACUCAGUACAUUGACCUACAUGGGCUGUGGCUAGUGUCACCAUGUGGGUUUCACAUGUCAGCCCAGAUCCUCAGCCUGUGGAAACCAUGCUUAGACAUGUUCCUGAAUCUGAGAAGAAUUACAUAGGCAAAGCCAAAUCCUGAUAAUCCAGUUUUUUUCUUUAAAAAAAAUGCUAGGAAUUCACUCAACCCUAGAGAUCUUCACUAAUUAGAAUUAUUUAUUGCCCAUUUGGCUGGGAAUUGUCUCUGUUGUAAUGGAAUUCCAAGAUGAUCUAGGAGAAAUUUGUUCCCCUGAUAAGAACUGAUGUUUCUCAGCCACUCCAGCAGAGGUUACCUAGGUCAUGUUGAGGUCCAUUCUUUCUUGAGAGGCAGUGCCUUGGCCUUCUGGGCCUGGUCACAUCUCCUACACAGCCCAUCAACUGCAAGCCCAAGGAGACCUGCCUGACUCUGGAAUGGGUUGAAAAGAGAGAGAUCAUGAAGGCACCAGGAGCCACUAAGCUGUUUUACUCCACUUCUCCUUAAUUCCCUCCUUCCUCUCUGACCCUAGAGAAACUUUUAACAGAUUGUGUUCUGGAUGUUAAGGCCUCCCUCAUGUCCUCCUUAGGAAGCUAAAAGGAAAUAACUCUCUUGUGCUUUGUAUCGCUCAUCCAGUCUCUGGCUGUUGGGUUUCUGGUUGUCCUCGAGGAAAGGUCCACAAGUAUUAUGGUAUUUUUAUCCAAAUCUGGUAUGAACUGUGGCCCAGGUGGGACUUGAAGCCAGGGACAACAUUUAUUGCCACACAUUUCACAUCUUCAGCAUUCUUCAGUUAUCUCCAGGAAAAGGAAGUGGAUUAAACAGAAGAACAUGGUAAAGGAGCAGGGUGUUGUGUUUCUUGGAUUAUAAAAAUAGUCUUCAGAGAAAGGAAGGAAAAUCCUAUUUUGGGGACUCAGUGUUGGCUAGGAAUCAUGGAAUAAUGAACAGGAAAAAAACCCUUUGGAGCUCAGUUGCUCCAACACUCUCCUUUAAAGGUGAGGGAGCAGAAAUUCAUGGAAUUAAAUUGCUGAUCUCAGUCCACACAUCAAGUGUAGAGCCUGGUGAGAGAGUACCAUUUCUCUGAAACAGAAAAAAAUAGGGAGCUGCAUUUUCUAGAGGUAAAAAGGUGUUCUCGGAGUUUAUGGACAAAGUUUAUGAGGUUCUGAGGGAGCAGACCUGGAAAAGACUAUAGAUUUCUUCUGUUCCUUUGGUCCACUCUAUUACUCUGCUGGACUCCAGUCAAGCCCCACUUAGUCCACAGAGCCCGGGAGGACCUGAGCUGACUCUGUGCCCUCAGUGUGGGGGAGGGAAGGAAUGUGGGAGUUGAGAGGGAGAGUGAACUGAGCUAAGGAGAGCAGGGGCAAGAGAAGUAGAUUUUUAGAAAUGAAAUGGGGCAGAUCGUAUGUUGGUAUAUCACAGGGGUUGUGUUAAAAAAUAGCUUUCCUUUAGUUACAGAGAAGUGAAUCCCAUUUCAAGUAGAACUCCCAUUUCUCACUGUCCUCCAUUCUGCCUUUGCUAGAAGAAGAUCAGAGCACCUCUCUGAGUCCAGGGUAGGACACGGACUGUGACCCAGCCACAGCCAAUGCCAGAAAGAUGGUUCAGAGUUUUAUGUGGUGCCCCAGGUGCCAACAAGAGAGCCUGUAAGUAUGACUUCCCUCUGGGGUCCCGCUUCUUCGGUCAAAGGCCAAACCAAGACUGGUAUGGCUGAGAAAAGGUGAGAAAACAUGAACUAGAAUGAUCAUGUCAAGAGAGGUCUGGAACCUCAUUUCCUGCUACCAAUAGAAAAAGGCCUUUCCCAUUUUUCUGAAAGUGGCUGAUGUAAAAACAGCCAGGAGGAAAACCCUUUGUGUUGGUGACUCUCACCUCCAGGAAUGGCCUUCAGGAGUCGCUGUUCUGCUAGCAGGUACCUCAGUCACACACACCCCACCCACCCCAGGUAGCCUCUGGGCCUUCUGACUUUCAUUUUCCUUGAAUGACCAUGGGAUCAGGGAAGAAAGUCUCUUACUGAAGUGCCUGAAACCAGAGCUAGAGCUUUUAGAGACGUGGGUCUUCCUGUCUCAGCCUGGGUAGCCUUUCCCCAACAGGCUCUAGUCUCAAGCUCCAGCUUCUCAGAAAGAAUUAAAGAACUUGCUGUUCAAAUUAAGUUGAAAGUAAGACUCAAUAGUCAAGCUACAGCAAAAGGCAGAGAAUUACAGGGAGAAACUUUUACUACAGCCCAAAUCUACUCUCCCCAAACUGAUACAUACACACACUUUUAGGGGACAAAAGAGAGAACCAUAUUAUUAUGUAUAUUUUAUUCAUCAAAAGAAUAAUGCAAAAAUAAAACAGUAGAGUAUGAAAAGCUCAGGAUCUCUCCCAAGAAUACAGCAGGGGUGCCAACAGGUGAGAUGGGAAGGAUGGAAACAGGGACUGAUUUUGUAGCUCAUACACUUAGGGCACCUUAGAAGUAGCAUCAUGGUGAUGAUGAUGAAUAUGCUCUGCCAAAUUCACCCAGCCUGCACCUUCCUAUAGCUGCCCAGUAAGCUCAACUCUUCAUGUGGUUUCUUUGUAGUGUAAAUUUGGAGUGUCCUGUAGUCUGUUUGAGUUAAUUAGAAAUGAGUUACAACUCUUUCUGUCCAACUUCAGUCGAGUUCCUGGGCCCAGAGCUCAACUUGAGGCUCGGUGGCCUCUUGGGUUGGCAUGUGAAGGAGGAAACAUUUUUGGAAUCAUUUUUUGAUCAUAUUAUCUGCCAUUUAAAAGUAAAAUUUGUGUUAUGGAGUCAAUUCAUGAAUAAAAACUACAUUCGAGUUGCAAUACCAUUUCACAGUGAAAUAUUUUGAGUAAAAUUUUGUUGCUAGAAUAGUCAUGGACAAGAGUUUUAUCAGCAAAAUGUUUCAAUUAUGUUAAUAAAUAAGACAAUGCCACUAGA